GCUCGUCCCGGCCGCCUGCUGCAGCCCUCCUCCCCUGACCUGCGGCUCUCACGAACGCUCAACACACACAGCCUCCCCGCACGCACGCCCAACAUGCCCGCGCCUGCGAAAUUCACCACGUUCAUCGACGAGCACGCCGACAGCUUCAUCCAGCGGCUGAAGGAGGCGGUGGCGAUCCCUAGCGUGAGUGGCGAGCCGAAUCACCGCCAGGAUGUCUUCAAGAUGGGCAGCUGGCUGCAGAAGCAGCUCGAGGCGCUCGGCGCGCAGACCAAGUCAGUCGACCUCGGCAAGCACAUCAUGGACGGCGAGGAACUGCAGCUGCCCCCAGCGAUCUUCGGGCGGAUUGGCGACGACCCGAAGAAGAGGACGAUCCUCAUCUACGGCCACUACGACGUGCAGCCCGCGAACAAGAGCGAUGGAUGGGACACGGAGCCGUUCACCCUCAUUGUCGACAACGACACUGGCAAGCUGAUUGGUCGUGGGUCGACAGACGACAAGGGUCCGAUUCUCGGAUGGCUGAACGUCCUGGAAGCACACAAGGCGCUCGGGCUCGAGCUCCCUGUCAAUCUGCGCUUCUGCUUUGAGGGGAUGGAGGAGAGCGGUAGCGAGGGUUUGGACGAGCUCAUCGCAUCCGAGGCGGCGAAAGGCAAGGAUGGCUGGUUCGGUGGCGUAGACGCCGUUUGCAUUUCCGACAACUACUGGCUGAAUACCCGCACGCCGUGUCUGACCUACGGUCUCCGUGGGCUUGCGUACUUCAAGCUCACCGUCUCCGGGCCCGCACGCGAUCUGCACUCCGGUGCCUUCGGCCGCGCAGUGCACGAGCCCAUGACCGACCUUGUCAUCCUCAUGAGCAAACUCGUCGCGCCCGACGGCAAGAUCCUCGUCCCCGGAGUCGACGACAUGGUCUCCGCCGCGACCGAGGAAGAAAAGAAGAUCUACGAUAAGCUCGACUACAGCAUCCAGGACAUCGAGGAGGCUGUCGGCGCACCGAUCGCGCUCUCGUCCGACAAAGCGGCCGUGCUGAUGGGCCGCAUGCGUUACCCGUCGCUCUCGCUGCACGGCAUUGAGGGCGCGUUCUACGGCGCAGGUGCUAAGACGGUCAUCCCCGCGAGCGUCUCGGGCAAGUUCAGCAUCCGGUUGGUUCCUCCGCAGACACCAGAUGCGGUCGAGCCACUCGUGCAGGCGUACCUCCUCGCUGAGUUCAAGAAGCUCAACUCGAAGAACAAACUCAAGGUGGAGAACUUGCACGGGGGCAAGCCUUGGGUCGCGGACUACAAGCAUUGGAAUUACCAGGCGGGCAUCAAGGCGACGGAGGCGGUGUACAAGCGGACCCCGGACCUCACGCGCGAAGGCGGGUCCAUCCCAGUCACGCUCACGUUCGCAGAGAGCCUGGGCGUGAACGUCCUUCUGCUGCCCAUGGGCCGUGGCGACGAUGGCGCUCACUCAACGAACGAGAAGCUUGACAAGGCAAACUUCAUCGAAGGCAGCAAGCUCCUGGGCACCUACCUGUACGAAGUCAGCGCGAUCGCUGCAUGAAUGACCUCUAAGUUGUUGUCCUGGAUCAAAGGUGUAGGUACACCGGGAAAAUGUGCGGGAUCUGAAGUGUACUAUUUGCUGUGUGUACAAGAGCUUUGUAGUGCUACGCGAUGCAAUUGUGGUGUUUAAACCUAAGUCAUUUAAACGCCUCAAACAAUGAGUGGGCCAUUGUCACUUGCGCCGACGCAUGGAUAUGA